AUGUCUUCCACAACUGCUAGCAGCGCUUAUUUAAAGCCGGAUUAUUUACAGCCGUUAAAUACAACAUCGCUUUCUUCUUCUACUAGUUCGUACGAUUCCAGUCAAAGUCCGCUGGCUCUUCUUGCUCAAACAUGUUCUAGUAUUGGAAAAGACUCACCAUCACCACCGUCAUCAUCAUCUUCAUCAUUCUCGCUAAACACAUCAUCACUGCUACCGAGUACCGCUCCGCCCAUUAUCACAUCUCUCGUCACGAAGUCUUCGUCCAUUCUAUCAUCAACAUCUAAUAGUGACAAAUCGUUAUCAUCUACUAGACGCUCAUCGCCCUCACAGACAAAUAGUACAAUCACAAAUAAAAAGUCAACACUUCCAGUGAAACCUAGCACUAUUAACCCAUCCUCGUCUUUCGUCGAGUCGAAUCCAUUAUCAACUCAUUUACCACCCUUAUUCGAUCCGACAUCCACCGCUGCUGCGCUUCUUCUUCGCUCUUCGCUAGCGUACUUAGCUGCUCAACAACAACAACAACAGCAACAACAACAACAUCAUUCACUUACAUCACCAUGUACAGUUCCAGGUUGUUUACAAUGUGAAACCGUUCGACAUAUUCUCGCUGCUUCCGUCAAUAAUCAACCGUAUGCAUGCCAUUGGUUUUCGUGUACUGCUAGAUUCUCAUCUGCCGAUGAACUCAUUGACCAUUUACGACAUACUCAUACGUCGGCAGGAAAAACGACUUCUCUAAGUUCUCAUCAGCCACAACAUCAUAGUCAUCAUCGUUUUCAUCCAUAUUUCAAACCACCCGUUAUGUUAAACAACAAUGAUCAGUUACCAUUCUUUUAUCCUCACUUAUCUUUGUCACCGAUGACAGGAACAACACGACGCUCGAACAAUAAUACAAACAAUAAUAAUUAA